AUGGAAGCACUUCCAUCUGAAGAAAAUUACAGGAAACUUAGUCAAAUUUACAUGGAUCAGAGACCUACAAUAGAAGAGUUGAUGAAUGAUGAAAAGAUUCAAAGGAUUGAUGAGGAAAAAGCUGAGGUGAAGCCAGCACUAACAGGAAAAGUUGUAAAGUUUGGGUGGAUCGAAGGUGUAUUCAUGAGAUGUCUUUUGAAUAUCUGGGGGGUUAUGCUGUUUCUUCGUCUCUCUUGGGUAGUUGGACAAGCUGGUUUAAUUCAAGGACUUCUGAUUUUGACCCUUUGNAACAACCAAAAUAUCCACUCAAUACAAGAGUACUUUCAAACUCUUGUCUUUGCCUUUGAAAACAAAAUGGCAGUAGGAAUCUUGAGACUUCCAAAUGGAAAUGAUUACUCCUCUUACAUUGCAACUGAAGAAACCACCAUUGAAGAGGUUGAAGCCAACAAAAAAGGAAAAAAAGACAAAAAGGUUACUGCUGUAUUUAGAGGAAAAGAUGGAAAAGUUCUUCCCAAACAAAUUGUGGAUGAUAUUACACAAUUCAGAACUAAAAAGAGGGAAGGAUUUAUAGAUGUCUGGUGGCUAUAUGAUGAUGGAGGAUUAACAUUGCUACUUCCUUAUAUUCUGCAGACCAGAAAACAAUUCAGAGAUUGCAAGCUUAGAGUGUUCCUACUGUCUAAUAAAGCAGAGGACUUUGACAGUGAAACCCGAUCUCUUGCCAAUCUUCUUGCCAAGUUUAGAAUAAGUUUCUCUGAAGUUCUGGUAAUACCUGACAUCACAAAGAAGGCUAAACCUGAAACAAAAGCAGAAUUUGAGGAGAUUGUUUCUAAGUAUCCUAAAGAUUCUGUUGACAUGUCCGAACUGAAUGCAAAUGCUGAGAGGACCAACCGACAUCUCAGAACAGCAGAAUUGUUGAGAGAGAAAUCUGCAAACUCUGAGUUGAUAGUAUUAACUCUUCCUUUGCCAAGAAUUGGCAGCUCUCCUUCCUUGUACAUGGCUUGGCUGGAUGUUAUGACUAAAGGUCUUCCUCCUGUUCUUCUUACAAGAGGGAAUCAAAUUCCUGUACUCACCUUUUACUCAUAAAAUAUUACUCUGGCUUAUUUCAUAAACUUACUUGUGAAGAUUUAUCAAACCUAUCGAGUGUUUUUGUAAUUUAAUGAAAGAAAUACUUAUGUAUA